UUACAUGAUCCAUCUCCUUCACCAGUACCACUAGCAUUCAUGUCUGAUCUAGAAGAGUCCCGUCGAAGUCGGAGUCGGGUCAGGGGUGGUCUUAAUAAACUGUUUCGCAUCCAAGACGAAACUAUUCACACCUCCACUAAUGUCAAACAACCACUGGAAGCAUACCAUGACAGGCCACAUAGAUCUCUAUCCCGCCUAAGCCAAGCCACAUCAACCCGAAGCACCAACUCCGACAACCAGCUCCUCCAACAAGCCCUCCAAAACCAAAAUCUACGAAACUCGGAAUCUCAUAAGCUUACAGGUAAAGCCCACCCCAAAGCACUGGAUAUCACCAUAGACGUGCGACCUGCCAUCAAGAGAUGGAACUCCAUCCAGUAUCUCCCCCAAGAUUCCAAAGAACCAAAGAACAUCGGUGAUCCCACCAGUCUUUCCCCGUUGACAGUGAUAAAGGACCAAUACAAUACCAGAAUGCCGGUCAGCAACUAUGCUGCUGCCACAGACAACUACUAUCGGGAUCUCGAUGGGAAUGAUGCUCCUCCACAACCACAGCCAAUUAAAGACCUCAAACUAGCAGAGGUUUCUUCUCCUCCUCCAGAUUCCAUCACCAACAAAAUCUACAAUAAAAUGGUCAAACUCUUACAUCUGAGCAACACCAGCACCUUCACAGAUACGGAUCGGCUUCUAGAGUCAGGCCCGUCUCUCCAUCCAAAGUCAUCUUUGGCAACAAACACCACCUCGCUUCUGAAGUACCAGAGCGAGCUGGAUGACGAAUCGGAAGAAGACUUAACCACGGCAGAUAGAGACGAAGCGUUUGACUCGUGGGCGUCUCCCAACGUGAACUUGAACGAAGGCACUGUGCUAAACGACAUCAACAUCAACAGUAUCAUGGAUGAAAUCAAUGACUUCCAAAGUAACUUUGUAAGGAAGUACAACGCUACCACCCCUCAGGACGAGUUGGUACUGUCAUCAAGUCGAGUUCAGCAAAAGAUCUUGGACCACAGAGACUUGCACAGUCAAGAGAGCGAUCCAGUCUCGAGCUCUUCCAGCUAUUUCAGUCUUAAGCUGAUCAACUCUUCGCUCAAUCAGAUGUUUGGAGACCACAACUUCAAGAUCCAGCAUGAAACCAUCCUGCUGCAAUAUAACCAGAUUCGAUUUCGAUUCGCCUGCAACACUGAUAUCAGCUUGUACACUAUUGGUGGAGAGCCAGUGGAUAGUUGUGACAAGUCCAUUCUUUCGUUGAGAUCGAAUAUUGGUCCGUUGGGGUUUUUGAACAGGCAAAAACUUCUUGCUUCGCAUGGACUUGGGGUGCUAGCUCAAAGCUCCAGCUCUCCCGAGUGUCAUACAGACCUUGGCAUCGGUGACACAGAUGCGUACCUCAAAGAGCUUUGGAAAUCUGAGAUGGACAGCCUUUUCCCAGAAACACAAGCCCCCAAAACCCCACAAACACCGCAGUUCAAUGAGGGAACAGCUCUUCCCAGUCCCAUUCAGCUGCAGAGGCCCGACUCCACAGUCCGGUUGUCGAACCGCUCAUCAUUCGAAGUGAUCAAGUCAAACACCAGUUUUGCUGAGCUUGCUGGUAAAGUGAGGUUGCAAAACUAACCUCCAUAGAAGAUUUAUUACACAACUGUGGAAAAA